UCAGUGUUGCCACUUGCUAUACGUCAUUUUCAACAACAAUUCAUGAUUGAAUCAUAACAAUAAGUUUUUUGUUACCUUUUUAAUUAAAUUAUUAAUGUUAAAUAAAUGCCGAUUACAGUAGAACAUCCGACUUUAAUGCCCUUCCAAGAUUCUCAACGUAGUUGGACUGACGAUUUACCAGUUUGCAAACAAUCGGGAAUAGGAUUUUCAACUAAUCAAAUAUAUCGAGAAGAUGGUUGUCGACAAGAGGAACAUCCUUUUGAAGAUCGAAGUUUUCAUUUUCGUUGCGAUGAUUCAACAUUUCUUUAUGGUGUAUUCGAUGGACAUGAAGGUACAAAAGCAGCGAGUUUUGCACUUCAACGAAUGGCCGCUGAAAUUUUAUUGGGACAGUUGAAUGGAAAAAAUAAUGACGAUGAAGUUAGAGAAGUCCUUCGACAAGCAUUCAUUGCCGUUGAACGUGGAUAUUUAGAUUCAAUUGGAGACAUUCUAGCAGAACGUGCCAGUUUACAGUUCGAUAUUCCAGAUGGCCUUAAUUCAUAUGAAACCUAUCAAAAAUUCCCUCACUUGGUAGACAAAUUAAAUGCCUUAAAUUGUGAAUUAUCAGCGGGAACAAGUGCGGCAGUUGCAUUAAUUCACAAGGGUCGAUUGUAUGUUGCUAAUGUCGGUGAUAGUAGAGCAUUAUUAUGCAAAACUGACAGCAAUCAAGUUCUAAGGGUCAUUCAAUUAAGUAUUGAUCACGAUUUAAGAAAUGAAGACGAAUUAUUGCGAUUAUCUCAACUUGGCCUUGAUGUAAAAUCAAUUCGACAAGGAUCUCAUUUGGGAAAUCAGGAAAAUACACGUUGCUUAGGAAAUUAUUUAGUAAAAGGUGGUUAUCGGGAAUUUGAAGAAUUAGCUUCAGCCACCGUUGAACCAAUAAUUGCCGAACCAGAAAUUCAUGGUGGAAUUGAAAUUGACGAUUCAUGUCGAUUUUUAAUGCUCAUGUCCAGAGGACUCUAUAAAGCUUUAGAGGAAGCAACGCGUACCGAACAAGUCAAUAAAGAAAUUGCACUUAUGGCCGUUGAACAGUUUCGAGUACAAUCGACAUUGACGGGCGUAGCGCAAGCUGUGGUCGACAAAAUAGUACGAAUUCAUCACGACAUAAAUAUGAGUCAUUCACCAAGUACAUCGACAAGUGGUAAACGUGAGGAUAUAACUUUACUUGUUAGAAAUUUUAAUUUUCCCCUAUCAAAUGCAUUGAAAAGUCCAACGGCUCCAUCAGUGAGAUUUGAUCCUAUUGUACAAACAGCUCCAUUUUUACAUACAAGCGAUCAACAAGAUGCUUAUAGUACAGAAAGUGAAAUGACAGAUGAAAAUUAUGAUGCAUUUACAGCUACAACAUCAACAACAUCCGAUGUAUAUCCACCGGUUGCAAAUCCAAUGAAUCGUAAUUCAAAAAUUAAACCUUACGUGGAUUUUUCUGAAUAUUAUGAAAAUGUGGAAAAAAGACGUGACGAAGGUACAUUACCAGAAGAAAUUGACUUUUAAUUUUUACAGUUAUUUUAAAAAAAUUUUAGAUUUUUUUUUUU